UCUCAAUUCAUUUUCUGUCGAUAUUUCAACUAAAUAAUGCAAAUGAGUUUACUUUUAAAACGCGUUCACGGAGUGGCUGUUUUUCCCGUAUUGGCCCUUAAGAAACGGCUUCCCAACGACUGCGUUCCAACGGAAAGGGGGGCGGUAGCACCGAAAAAGGGAAGAAAUAAAGCAGAUGCGAGAAUAAGACUAGGCGGGGUGGUAUUCGGACUACGUGGUCGUAGACAAUGAAGUUAAUUCGC